UUAGUUAGAUACCUACUUAUAGUUUGACUGUACUUGAAAUUUAUCUAUUUUUUUGUGAAUAUCAGUUGUUUUGUAAUUUAUCAUAACUCAGGUCAUACUAAUUAUCUUAAAGUCGUAAAUAUUCAUAACUUCAAGUUGUCUAUCCGACAAAUUGAACGUGGAAUAAUGGACCAACUGCGCUUCGACGGUCGUGUAGCUGUAGUCACAGGCGCCGGCGGCGGCUUAGGGAAAGCUUAUGCUCUCUUGUUGGGAUCAAGAGGAGCCAAAGUUGUAGUAAAUGAUCUCGGAGGAGGAAAAGAUGGCGCCGGCAAAUCUACCUUCGCAGAUGCCGUCGUUAAAGAAAUUAAAGAUAAAGGUGGUAUUGCCGUCGCUGAUUACAACAAUGUGAUUGAAGGAGAAAAGAUUAUAAAAACAGCUCUGGACAAUUUUGGCCGCGUCGACAUUCUUAUUAACAAUGCCGGCAUUCUUCGUGAUAGAUCCUUCCAGAAGAUGUCAGAUCAGGACUGGGACCUGAUCCAAGCGGUGCAUCUAAAAGGUUCAUUCAAGCCAACACUAGCAGCAUGGGAGACGUUCAAGAAACAAAACUUCGGACGUGUUAUUAUGACCUCCAGCAAUGCUGGUUUGGUUGGAAACUUUGGCCAGGCUAAUUAUAGCACGGCCAAGAUGGGUCUAGUUGGAUUCAUGAACACAUUAGCGUUGGAGGGCGCAAAAUACAACAUCAAAAUAAACACGAUUGUGCCGACAGCUGCGUCUCGUCUCACUGAAGGCAUCCUCCCCCCAGAUAUGUUCGAGGCGAUGAAGCCAGAAUUGAUUGCUCCCGUUGUUGCAUACAUGGCCCACGAGUCAUUCGAGGGUACUGGUCAAAUUAUUGAUUCCACAUUAGGAUAUGCACACAAAGCUCAGUUAGUGAGAUCUGUCGGCAGUCCUCUCAGAAAUACACCAUCGGACCCAGUGACCAUAGAGUCUGUCAAGGAAAAAUGGCCGAAAGUGGUGGACAUGACGAAUGCAAAGCACGUCUCUCCAAUAGCAAAUGUCACCAUCAACUUAGUAGAAAGAUUGCAGGAAUUUGAAGAUCGCGCGAAAUUGGACGCGAAUGGACGCAAAUCCUUCUGGUCCACAUUCGAUUACAAUGCCAAAGAUGCUGUCUUGUAUGCUCUUGGAGUCGGUGCAUCUGUGGCGAAUUCCAGCGAUUUGAAAUACUUAUACGAGGCUGAUGAAAACUUCUCAGUCCUGCCAAGCUUCUUCAUUCUGGGCGGUAUGUGCAUGGAAGCCCCAGUGGUGCCUGAGGCCAUGCCCCCCGGAAAAGUAGCGGACUUUACCAACAUUCUCCACGGAGAACAAUAUAUUGAGUUCGUGGACGACUACCCCGGCGUUGAAGGUGCUUUUGAAACCCGCGUUUACGUCGUGGACGUAUUGGACAAGGGCGCCAACGCGGUCGUCAUUGUUAACAGCGAAGUGUACCAGGAACAAAGGCUGUUAUACCGCACCCAACAGCACAUAUUCGUGGUCGGCCAGGGUGGGUUUGGUGGCCCGCGUACUAGCAGUGCCGGUGUCGACGUACAACCCGUGCCCAAGAGGGCUCCAGACGCUGUUGUUGAACAGCGCACUGCUGAGGACCAGGCUGCCCUUUACAGGUUAUCUGGUGACUUAAACCCUCUACAUAUCGAUAAAAACGUGGCGUUGGUCAGUGGAUACGAGAAGCCCAUACUACACGGACUCGCGUCACUUGGUUUCUCUGCGAGACACGUUUUAGUCAAGUUCGGUGGUAACGACCCCUCUAACGUAAAGGCACUUAAAGCUCGUUUCGCCAAACCCGUAAUGCCUGGACAAACUCUUUCUACAGAGAUGUGGUUGGAAGGACGCCGUGUGCACUUCCAGACGAAGGUCAAGGAGACUGGAAUCACUGUUAUUUCAGGUGCAUACAUGGAUUUCAAAAAUGCUCCUGGUGGUGUAACCAGUUCCCCAGUAUCUGCAUCGGAACUGAAGAGCGAUGGCUUAUUCGCAAGGAUGAGGGAUGAACUCGCUAAGAAUCCAGCGAAAGGAAAGAGCGUUAAUGGAGUGUUCCUUUACAACGUCACAGACGCAGGAAAAGUUGUCAAGAAGUGGACUCUCGACUUGAAAAAGGGUGAGGCAUACGAAGGUGAACCCAAGAGUGGAAAGCCUGACACCACAUUGACACUGUCUGACGCUGACCUUGUAGAAAUUGCAUCCGGUAGUCUAAGUCCACAGGUAGCGUUCAUGAAAGGAAAACUCAAGAUUGCAGGAAACAUGAUGCUUGCACAGAAACUCGGUCCACUACUUCAGUCUGAAGCGAAGUUGUAAAUCUUUUAUAUUAAAUUGUUGUUGUUUAUAGAGUUUUAAUUAUGUUAAGAAUUAAUUUGGUAAUGAGAUUUAAUGACGAAUGGGUUGGUAUUUAAAUACUGCAUUUAUUUAUUUGGAGAUAAAAUUAUAUAAUUCACCUAACAAAAGUUAUUAGACGAUCAAACACUUAUGUAUUUGGUAUAUAUUAUUUUGUUAAUAUAUAUUUUUAUACAAAUGUUGAUUCCAUUAUGAAUUAAGUAAUGAUAUUUCUACAAAGGUGAGGGAAUAUACAAUUUGUACCAUU